AUGCCGAGCCAACUAGGCCCAAAGGUGGAUGAGGUGGACAAGGACAACAGCCAGCUGGUGGACAGGAACGAGGACAACCAGGCCUUGAAGGCGGAGGACAUCGAGGAGCUCAAGAGGCAGGGCAAGGCCGGCGCUGACAUUGUAGAGGCGCUCUGCAGCAACAGCGUUACUUUUGACACCAAGACCGAGUUUGCUCAAGACAAGUAUAUCAAGCGGAAGUCGAAGAAGUACGUGCUGCGCGUCACGCUGCGCCGCCCCACGGGGCGCACGCUGUGCGAGACGCUGUUCGAGAAGUCGAACGGGCAGCGCACCUGGAAUCUGCGGGGCGACACGCUCGCCGCGGCGCUGUCGCUAGCAAACGUCGGCGCCAACAGCCGGGUGCUUGUGGUGGAGUCGUGCCAGGGGCUGCUCGCGUCCGCGUGCGCGGAGCGGCUCGGCGGCGCCGGCAACCGCCGCGCGGCGCGCCGCCGGCGCCGCCGCUGA